AUGUUUCUAAAGGAGCAUAUUAUCAACAUUGAAAAGGACUCCAAGGUAGGCGGUGACGAAGUGUUUGUUCGCAAAAGCAUAAAGUAUGUGGUCCCAAAUGAGCUAGUUGAUCAGGUAGUGGCUGGAUUGAGCGAGCGUCUGCCAAUUUCGCCUUUUAGGCUGGCACCGGACUGUCAUGUUAUGUCGCAGGUCAAUAGCAGUACGUAUUUUGACGAUGAGAGUCUCACACAUCUCAAGGAAAGGAUCGUGAAAAACGAAAGUGCCGAACUCUACAGGAUCCGAUGGUACGGGGAGGACUUGUGUGCGGUACGUGACGUCUUCGUUGAGCGAAAAAGGCAUCAUUGCUUCAAGGAAGUAGGGAUUUACUCGAACAAGAAACGAAUGACUUUGCCGAAAGAACAAACCACCCGAUAUCUGCUCGGCGCCGAUGUAGACGAACUGCUUGUUGAUAAAGCAAAGCUGGCAAGUGACAUGCAAGAGCAUUUACUCUAUUUACGACCUCGUAUCCGCACUCAGUAUGCAAGAACCUCAUUUAUGGACCACACUGAGGGUAGUGAUCUGCGCGUUACUCUCGAUCAGAAUAUCGUGCUGGCGCUUGAACCUCGAGAAGGUUGGCGUGCUAUACUGGCAAGUAACGGCGCUCUGUUGGGACCACAAGUCACUAUGCCAUUUAGUAUCAUCGAGGUGAAGGUCGCUAUGGUUCCUGGUGGGACUCCCGAAUGUCCCAAGUGGAUCGCUAAAGUUCUCGAGUCGGCGAUGGCACAAAAUAUUAAAAUAUCAAAGUAUGGAUAUGGCUGCAAACUGCUCAUCCCCGAACACGCGUCGCCCACUCCGAAGUACUGGCCUGAGCUGGAGGCUUUUAUCAAUUCGUCUUGUGGUAUGCCAAGGCAACCAAAUGCAAACGCAGAACAAAACGUACGGAAGGUAAAUGCAAACUCGGUGGAAUUGAGUCAAGACUUCAGCAUAGACAUGGCAUCCAGCGAUUUCCCCACCAGGAGCCUGAACCCGUUCACCCGCGCUCGGGCCCACGGGUUCAACAGGGUAAAGUACGGGAAAACGGAAACAAAGGCGUUCAUGGCGAAUGAACGAACGCACAUGAAAUUUGUUACUUGGACCACAACACUGGCCACAUUCGCUGUGGGCUUUGCAGAGAUAGGACUCCGCAGCUCUCACGAUAUGCUGGCGGUCUCAAUGUGGUGUCUUAUAUUUACAGAUCUGGUCUCCAUAUAUUCGGUGAGUACGGAUAACUUGUAUUACAGUAAUAUUUCAUCAGCGAAGGUUGUACCUCAGGUCGAACAUGGAGUCUAA